AGAGAAAAAAAAUCCACUUUCACCCACUCAGUAUAUUCUAUCUAAUCCACACAACUGUUGAGCAAAAAUACAAACAGAAAAAGUGAAAGCAUAUUUAAGAGGAGCCAUUAUCCUACAAAAAGAAGCUCCUCCUUCUUUCUAGUAAGUGCGUAUUUUAUUGUUAUUAUUUAUUUUUUUUAAAAAAAAAUGUUAAUGUAGGUGACCCAUUGAUGUAUGGUGAUGAGUUGGAACGCUUUGUGAGUGUGAAACUAUAAUUUAAGCAAAGUCAUUUCGUUCUCGUACAUUGUUACAGACGAUGUUUUGUAAGAGCCCAUUUUACAACUAGCUUUUCUUUAGUCGUUCAUCCUGCCAACACCACUUUCUUGGUGUUUUUCUCGAAGAUUAUCGUGCCGGGCCCUCUUUUAUUUCCAAAGGGUUUCUGAAUUUUUUUGAAUUUUUUGGGCAUUUGCUCAGAAGGGAUAUCUACAUAACUGAAGCCAGAUAUUAGCUAAUCCAAGGAAUGUGUUUUCUGUAAUUUUGAGGCGGCCGGAGAUGGAUAUUGAAAGCUGGAGCCCUGAAAAUCGUGUAAAGAAGGAAUCAUGGAGGACAGUAUUGACAUUGGCUUACCAGAGCUUGGGUGUUGUGUAUGGGGAUUUAAGCACUUCACCUUUGUAUGUCUACAAGAGCACUUUUGCAGAGGACAUUCAACAUUCAGAGACCAAUGAGGAAAUAUUUGGAGUUUUAUCUUUUAUUUUCUGGACCUUAACUAUAAUUCCUCUGCUUAAAUAUGUCUUCAUAGUGCUUAGAGCUGAUGAUAAUGGUGAAGGGGGCACUUUUGCUUUGUACUCCCUUUUAUGCCGACAUGCCAAAGUCAGCGUUUUGCCAAACGGCCAACUUGCCGAUGAAGAUAUAUAUGAGUACAACAAAAAUGAUAUCACAUCUGGUAAUAAUAAUAAUAAAGGUUUUGGUAAGAAACUGAGAUUAACUCUGGAAAAGCAUAAGUUGCUCCAGAGGAUGUUGCUUACUUUGGCUUUGAUUGGGACUUGUAUGGUUAUUGGUGAUGGAGUUCUUAUGCCUGCAAUUUCUGUUUUUUCUGCAGUAUCUGGGCUGGAGCUUGUUGUUUCGAAGCAUCAUCACCAUUAUAUAGAAGUUCCAGUGGCUUGUGUAAUCCUGCUGUUUUUGUUCUAUCUUCAACAUUACGGGACCCACAGGCUCGGAGUUAUAUUCGCUCCGAUUGUGAUAACCUGGCUUUUCUGCAUAAGUGCUAUUGGCUUAUACAACAUUUUCCACUGGAAUCCACUUAUUUAUAAGGCACUUUCUCCUUAUUACAUGUACAAGUUCUUGAAAAAGACUCAAAAACGAGGCUGGAUGUCACUCGGAGGUAUUUUAUUGUGUAUAACGGGCUCAGAGGCCAUGUUUGCCGAUCUUGGGCACUUCUCUCAGUUAUCCAUCCAGAUAGCCUUUAGCUUUGUAGUCUAUCCAUCCUUAAUCCUUGCUUACAUGGGACAAGCUGCUUAUCUAUCCAAACACCACAUAAUGGAGAGUGACUAUCAUAUUGGAUUCUAUGUAUCAGUACCAGAGAAGUUCAUUUUCUUUCUAUUUAAUGCAGAAAUGCUAAGAUGGCCAGUUCUUGCAAUUGCUAUACUCGCCGCUGUUGUGGGAAGCCAAGCCGUUAUAACCGGGACUUUUUCCAUAAUUAAGCAAUGUUGUGCACUCGGCUGCUUCCCUCGGGUCAAAAUUAUUCACACUUCGUCUAAAAUGUGCGGCCAAAUUUACAUUCCCGAAAUCAACUGGACUUUGAUGAUCCUCUGUUUGGCUGUUACUGUUGGAUUUAGGGACACUAAGCACAUUAGCAAUGCAUCAGGUCUUGCCGUUAUAACCGUCAUGCUCGUCACGACGUGCCUCAUGUCCCUCGUCAUCGUCUUGUGCUGGAACCGAAAUGUCCUUUUCGCCCUCGCCUUCAUACUCCUCUUCGGCUCGGUCGAGGCCCUCUACUUCUCGGCCUCCCUCAUAAAGUUCCUCGAGGGCGCGUGGGUCCCGGUCGCCCUCUCCCUCGUCUUCCUCGCCGUCAUGCACGCGUGGCACUACGGCACCCUCAAGAAGUACGAGUUCGACGUGCAGAACAAGGUCUCCAUCAACUGGCUAUUGGGCCUGGGCCCGAACCUCGGCAUAGUUCGGGUCCGCGGCAUCGGGCUCAUCCACACCGAGCUCGUCUCCGGCAUUCCCGCCAUUUUCUCCCACUUCGUCACGAAUCUUCCCGCCUUCCAUCAGGUCCUUGUUCUGUUCUGUAUAAAGUAUGUGCCCGUGCCACAUGUCAGGCCCGAAGAGAGGUUCUUAGUGGGCCGAGUUGGGCCCAAGGAGUAUCGGGUCUAUCGUUGCAUAGCCCGAUAUGGGAUUCGUGACACGCUCGUUGAUGACGUGGAGUUCGAGAAGGAUCUCGUUUGCAGUAUAGCCGAGUUUAUCAAGUUGGAGGGCGGGCCCAGCGGGCCCAGUUCGGAGGGUUCAUUUACCGAUGGAGAAAAUGAGCGGAAGAUGGCCGUGAUUGGGACGCAGUUGGGCCAUGGCAAUGAGGAUGAAUUGGGCCCGGAUUUGGGCCUGAGGAGAAGGGUGAGGUUUGUUGUACCGGAAAGCCCGAGGAUUGAUCGGGAGGCCCGAUUAGAGCUGAAGGAGCUUAUGGAGUCGCGGGAGGCUGGGAUGGCGUUUAUAUUAGGGCACUGUCAUGUGAAGGCGAAAAAGGGGUCGGGAUUGAUAAAGAGGCUCGUGAUUAACGUGGGGUACGAUUUUUUGAGGAGGAAUUCGAGGGAGCCGACGUACGUGUCGAGUUUUCCGCGGGCGUCGACUUUGGAGGUGGGGAUGGUUUAUCAAGUAAAUUCCGACGAUUGGGAGCGAGCUUCGCCGUCCGGCGAAGAACAAGAGAAUCUCCUACAGAUAUGGUGGCGCAGGAGGGUAAGGCCGCUGAACAAGGUGAGGGAAUGGUCGGAGCUCGUGGCCGGGCCCCGGUGGAAGACGUUCGUCCGCCGGUUCAACAGGACCGGCGGCGGCCGGCUCAGACCUGGAAAAUACCGAUACGACCCCCUCGGCUACUCCCUCAAUUUCGAUGACGGCCAGGGGCAAAACGGUCAAUUUGAGACCUCGCGUGAUUUCUCCUCGCGCUACACGAAGGUCCCCGUCCAGAGCGGCCAAUCGGAGGGUGCCACAUCGUCCGCGUUAAAUACGUCGGGUGGCUAA